UGGACUGCUUCUAGUUUAUGAGUACCUAUUUAAAAUACAAUCAAAAUAAAUAAGUAUUGUUCAAUUCAACAUCAAACAGAAUAGAACACUGUAAAAUGAAGGAAUCACGCGAGUGGUCGUUUCAAUCAAUAGGACUUAAAAUAGCAAUGGUUAGUUGGGGCCACCGCAGCAAGUCCAGGGUGCUCCUUCUUCACGGGCAUGGAGACUCAGCGGCAACCUUCGCGCCUCUCAUCAGUUUGCUUCCGGACGAAUAUUACUACGUCAGCUUCGAUUUUCCUGGUCACGGCAAGUCAGAUUUCCUGCCGAGCGGCCCGCUGCCCACCCACACUCUGUUCCUGGAGGUGAUCAGGCGUGUACUAUUACAUUUGGAGUGGAAUUCGUUUCUGUGUAUCGGUCAUUCUAUGGGAUGUGUACUUGCGAUGUUACACGACAACCUAUACCCAGGACAGAUGGCCAAGCUGGUCUGUCUGGACCCGUUGUUCGGCCUCAUGAGGUACACGAACAUGGCGGAUCACAACAGCAAAUUUGUUAGCCUCAUGUUCUACGAACGAUAUUAUGAUACCUUCUACCACAAAUUCUGCCAACCCACAAUAUCAACAUACGAGGAAGCGUUGGACAAUGUGGUCAAACAUAGGAAACUGUCCAAGGAACAAGCUAAACUUGUAUUGCCAAGAAACCUGACACCAUUAAAGGACGGACUGUACAGAGUCUCUCCGCAGAAAGCUGCCUUCCAAACGGCACACAUACCGGCCACGUUCGACAUUCUGGAGCACAUUUUCAACAACGUGUCCCUGCCAGUCCUGCUGUACCACAGCUCACAAUCGCUGGCGAUAUACAAUCAAAUAGAAUGCUCCUCGAAAUCUAUAUGUCUGUUUAAUGAUAAGUCAAGUCUACACAAAGUGGUGUGCUUCGAGGGUAUUCACGAUCAACAUAUCGUACGACCGGAUUUUUUUGUACCAGACAUUGUGAAGUUUCUAGAAGAAUCAUAUAAAUCAAAAUUAUGAUGUUAAUUAACGCUGUAUGCUUAUAGUUAGGUAUUAUCUUAGAAUAAAAUCGGAAUUUUUUAAGCUAUAAAAUGUUAAUUAGGUAAAUAAAUUAUAUAAAAUAAAUUGUUAUUUAGAGUAAUUUUGAAAAUUUGUUGAUUACCUAAAAUUACUAUGAAAUAUUAAUGAAUUAAUUACGUGAUGUAUGGUCCCGCCCUAGAAUAGGACUACUCCAUAUCCUCCCGUGGAUGUCGUACGAAGCGACUAAGGGACACAAAGUAUUCGCAACUGAUAGGCUACAAUAUCUUUCCCAAGUAGGGUUAACGCCAGGCAGGCGGCUAGUUGUCAAUAAUUUGUAGUGUGUAGUCAUAACCAAAGGUUUAUUUGUACGCUGACCCUGGGCUUCGCAGGUUCACAGCCCCAAAUGCCAUCGGGAACACGCGAAGAUGAGUGAGUGAUUAAUAUGAAUGACUUGAGCAAUCAGAUUUAACGUCACGGCGAGAAUGAGAACUAACAUCGUCACAUUUUUAACUAAAUAUCAACUAGAAUAUUAUUUAAUAAUUAUU